UCCGUUGUCCCCAUGUCUCUGGCGCAAGACACCACGCCGCCUUCGCUGGAGGAGCUAUCUAACUCGCCUGUCAUUGAGGAACACAUGAGUCCAGAGAUAUCUGUCCGGGCGGAUGGGCAGCGCAAGUCUGGAUCGUCGCGAAAGCGACAGAAGAUCAGCCUAGCUUGCGAAGAGUGCCGCGCGCGCAAGAUCAAAUGCGAUGGGCUCCGUCCCGAGUGCAGUGCCUGCAGACAGGCUCCCAAGGGCAUCCGAGCUUGCAGAUACCUGAGUGAGCCCUCGAGGCUCUCAGGACAUAAGCGUGCCAUGCAGUCGCUCCACGACCGUCUCGCCUAUCUAGAAGCCAAGCUACGGGAAGCAGAGGCACACAAAUCGGCUGAGACAAGGGAUAACAAUGACAAGGAGCAGGACGAGGAGCCGAGUAUUUACCCAUUUCUGUGCUGGCCGAUAUUCAUGGAAGCGUACAACCGCCUCUGGCUCUCCGACUCGGAUGUCAAAAACAUGCCUCAGCUUACUGGCAUCGGCCUCGGAGGGCAGAACUGCUCUAUACCGGUGUUCUACUGCGCACUCAAUGCAGCAUUCGCCCUGGCAACUCAUUUCACAGAUGCCCCUGCCAAUCAGCGCAAAGAGAGAGCCGCCCCGUUCGUGAGGCGCUCCCGCCACCUGAUGCGGCUUGACUUUUUGGAUCACGGAGACCUAUCCACCAUCCAAGCGCUGCUUAUUUUGGCACGUUACCUGCAGAACACGGGUCUGUCCACCCGCUGCUGGAACGUUGUGGGAACUGCUCACCGCAUGGCUCAAGGCUUGGGCCUGCACCUUGAAGUGAAUCCCAGCGCGGCGUCUGAGCUGGAAACCGAUAUACGGCGUCGAGUGUGGCACAGUUGUGUCUGUCUUGAGACAGUCGCAGGCAUGUUAACAGGUCGGCCAUGCUCCAAUCCUGAUGUAGCCAAGGUCCCCUUCCCUAACCUGUUGGACACGGCCGUGUCUAAACCAUCUUCUCCUGAGAGGACCACCAACCAAGGCGAUCCAGACACCUCCUCGCCCAUAUUCUUUACGCAUGCUAUUAAACUCAAUCAAAUUCUGAAUAGGAUCCUCAGAAACGUCUACGGGUCUUCCAAAAUGCCUGAGAAUAGCACGUCUCACGAUAAUAAUAAUGAGGAAUCGUACUUGGCACAACGGCUGGCAUCUAUUAUAGUCCUCGACCAGGAGCUGGAUAGGUUCAAAGCCGAAUUGCCCGAUUCUCUUUCUACGUUGAAAGAUGAUUCUCCACCUCAUGAUGACGAUAUGCUAGCACACCAGAGGCAUGUGUUACACACGAGAUUUCUACACAUUCGUUCGUUACUCUAUCGACCCCUACUUGUUCAGGUAUACAGAAAUGUAAAGGCCAGCGGCAAGGCACACUGGCGUAAAACCUCGCUCAACACGCUCAACAAAGCCUUUGUUGAGAAGUGUUCUCUUGCCUGCAUUGCCACUGCACAAGCAUUGAUCAACCAUAUCAGUACUACCGCGGGACCAAUAUAUGGCGGAUCGCCCUGGUUUACUAGCUACUCUAACGGUUGCCUAGAUAUGUACCAUGCGGCUUUGGUGAUCAUUAUAGCCGACAUAUGCUACUCAGACUUAGAUUAUCCGGACCACGAUAGCUUCCACAAAUCAUGGAAAAUGUGUCAAGACUUCUUUCGCCGAAUGCUAGAGUAUGACUCUGAAGUUUCCCAAUACUUUAGGGGCCUGGAACAUAUCUCUAAAUCCAUUGGGUCUAUGCAUGAAUCAUCAGAAGAUUACGAGGCUGCACUAGAACUCGGUGUGCCUCAACAAUGGCAUCAAGACUUUCUCUUCGAUGAUGUCACAAACUCUUCCUUGGACCAAAUACUAACUUUGGCUGGUGGGGAGUUAAUGCCCAGCAUGAGCAAUGUCAUUGGUGUCGAACCCUCUACUAGCAGCAAUCAGCUAUGGACACUCUUCAAAUGA